UCACUGGAUCUGCAUGGCGCCGUUUUGUCAAUUAUUGGAUUUCUUGCCGCGUCUGCUAUUGAUGGUAGCAUUGGAUGUGUUCUGUAGUAGAAGGGCAAUGUUUAUUGCUGCUUCUUCUCCACGAUCAGUGGCUCGGAUGGAUGGCGAUAUCAUCAUUGGGGCUCUAUUCUCCGUUCACCACCAGCCGCAAGCAGAAAAGGUGCCAGAGAGAAAGUGCGGGGAGAUCCGGGAGCAGUAUGGCAUCCAGAGAGUAGAAGCUAUGUUUUACACUUUGGAUCGAAUCAACACGAAUCAGAGCUUGCUGCCGAACAUUACCUUGGGGACAGAAAUAAGAGAUUCCUGCUGGCAUUCCUCUGUUGCCCUGGAGCAGAGUAUUGAAUUCAUACGAGAUUCUCUCAUCUCAAUUAGAGAUGACAAAGAUGGAAUCACUAAGUGUUUAGAUGCCACUCCAACUCCCCAGGGCAGAUUAAAAAAGCCCAUCGCAGGUGUUAUUGGCCCGGGAUCUAGUUCGGUGGCCAUCCAAGUUCAAAACCUUCUCCAACUUUUUGACAUUCCACAGAUUGCAUAUUCGGCCACAAGCAUUGACCUUAGUGAUAAAACGCUGUACAAAUAUUUCCUGAGAGUCGUUCCUUCUGAUAUCCUCCAGGCCAGGGCUAUGCUAGAUAUUGUGAAAAAGUAUAACUGGACUUAUGUGUCUGCCGUCCACACCGAAGGAAACUAUGGAGAAAGUGGAAUGGAAGCCUUUAGGGAACUGGCUGCACAAGAAGGCCUGUGCAUAGCACAUCAUGAUAAAAUCUAUAGCAAUGCUGGAGAGAAAAGUUUUGAUCGACUGCUUGGUAAACUUCGGGAGAGACUACCAAAAGCAAGAGUGGUGGUUUGUUUUUGCGAAGGAAUGACAGUAAGAGGGCUCCUGAUGGCUAUGAAACGUAAAGCUGUUUUUGGUGAAUUUCUGCUUAUUGGAAGUGAUGGCUGGGCAGACAGAGAUGAAGUUAUAGAUGGCUAUGAAGCUGAAGCCAGUGGUGGAAUUACCAUAAAGCUUCGUUCACCAGAGGUGAAGUCCUUUGAUGAGUAUUUUCUGAAUCUACGGUUGGAUAAUAAUUCCCGAAAUCCAUGGUUUAGUGAGUUUUGGCAAUAUCGAUUCCAGUGUCGUAUUCCAGGGCACCCACAAGAGAACCCUAAUUUUAAAAAGAUUUGUAAAGGUGAUGAAAGUUUGAAGGAAAACUAUGUACAGGACAGUAAAAUGGGCUUUGUCAUUAAUGCAAUAUAUGCAAUGGCCCAUGGCCUACAUAACAUGCAUUCGGUCCUUUGUCCAGGAUACGUUGGACUGUGUGAUGCAAUGAAGCCUAUUGAUGGCAGCAAACUGCUUGACUUCCUAUUAAAGAGCAGAUUUUCAGGUGUCUCUGGAGAAGAUAUAUUUUUUGAUGAAAAAGGAGAUGUCCCUGGAAGAUAUGAUAUCAUGAAUCUUCAAUUUAUUGAGCCAAGCCACUACGAUUAUGUUCUUGUAGGAACAUGGCAGGAAGGAAAUUUAACAAUUUACGACGAAAAGAUGCAGAUGAAUAAAAGUGAAAUGGUUCGAUCAGUGUGCAGCGAUCCUUGUUCUAAAGGACAAAUAAAGGUUAUAAGGAAAGGUGAAGUUAGCUGCUGUUGGAUCUGUACCCCUUGCAAAGAGAAUGAGUUUGUACAAGAUGAAUUUACCUGUACAGCCUGUGAUCUGGGCUGGUGGCCCAACCUUGAAUUGACAGGUUGCCAGCCAAUAGUUGUCAAAUAUCUACAGUGGAGUGAUAUUGAAUCUAUGAUUGCAGUGGCCUUCUCCUGUGUGGGUAUCCUUAUCACCAUGUUCGUCACAUUGAUCUUCAUACUUUACAGAGAUACUCCUGUGGUUAAAUCUUCCAGUCGAGAACUUUGCUUUAUUAUACUAGCUGGGAUUUUCCUUGGUUACAUAUGUCCUUUUACACUGAUAGCAAAGCCCAACACUACAUCCUGUUAUCUGCAGCGCCUCCUGGUUGGUCUCUCAUCGGCCAUGUGCUACUCGGCUUUGGUAACCAAAACCAAUCGUAUUGCUCGCAUACUAGCGGGAAGCAAAAAGAAGAUCUGUACUCGAAAACCCCGUUUUAUGAGUGCCUGUGCCCAAGUGAUCAUUGCAUCAGUAUUGAUCAGCCUGCAACUAACAGUGUUAGUCUGUUUAAUUAUCAUGGAGCCUCCAAUGCCAAUCGUGUCAUAUCCAAGCAUUAAAGAAGUCUACUUGAUCUGCAACACCAGUAAUUUAGGUCUGGUGGCUCCUCUUGGCUAUAAUGGACUUCUUAUCAUGAGCUGCACCUACUAUGCAUUUAAGACUCGCAAUGUUCCAGCUAAUUUUAACGAGGCAAAAUACAUUGCUUUUACAAUGUACACUACCUGCAUCAUCUGGCUAGCAUUUGUGCCCAUUUACUUUGGGAGCAACUACAAAAUCAUCACCACUUCCUUUGCUGUCAGUCUUAGUGUUACUGUUGCUUUGGGCUGUAUGUUUACUCCCAAGAUGUAUAUUAUUAUUGCAAAGCCAGAGAGAAAUGUCCGGAGUGCUUUUACCACUUCAGAUGUCGUACGCAUGCAUGUUGGUGACGGAAAAACUCCUUGUAGAUCAAAUACAUUUUUUAGCAUCUUUAGAAGAAAGAAACCCAGUGCCGGGAAUGCAAAUUCUAAUGGAAAGUCUGUGUCAUGGUCUGAACCAGGUGGAAGACAAGUACAGAAGGGGCAACACAUGUGGCACAGAUUAUCAGUACAUGUGAAAACCAAGGAGACCGGGGCAUCAAAUCAAACAGCUGUAAUCAAGCCUAUAACCAAAGGCUACCAAGUGCAGAGCAAGAGUCUCACCUUUUCAGAUACGAGCACUAAUACAUUGUAUAAUGUAGAGGAGGAAGAUGAAAAUGAGCCAGCAAGGUUCAAUCUUCCCAGAAGCCCAUCCAUGGUGAUACAUAGGCGGUUGACCACAACCCCACCACCUUUUCAAGAAUACGAGGAAGGGUCAAGAUACCUGUCAGAUCAAGUCUCCAAGAGCCUACCUUUGCAAAAGUCUAUUCUUGACCAACUUCAUGGAGUGAUAAAUAAAUUCUCUACUGGAAUUCCUGACUUUAACUCAAUUAUACCAAUACCAGGACCAGAGAAUGGAGUUGACUCCAUCUAUUCCACUCAGCAAGUGCUUCCACUUCAGAUGGCGGCUUUUGGUGAAGGUGUAGACUCCCCCACAGAAGAGGUGGAAAAUGAAAAAUUAAACCUUAUUCAGGGUUACAUGUAUGAUAACACAGAUUCUCCUGAUGAGGACCUUGUUCCGAGCAAAUUAGCACUGGAAGACUCACCGGCUUUGACACCUCCUUCCCCUUUCCGGGAUUCAGUAGCUUCUGGCAGUUCUGUGCCUAGUUCACCUGUGUCUGAGUCAGUGCUUUGUACACCCCCAAGUUUGACCUAUGCUUCAGUCAUGUUAAGGGACUUCAAGCAGACUUCAUCCACCUUGUAGGCAAAGUUCUUUUUUUUGUACAAGGCAACACAGGGCUUGUCAUCUGGCAACAAAACAGGACAGUUUUUAACACCGAGCAAAGCAAAUAAGUGCCCUGCACUAAUACUGAUCUCUAUGAGGGCUCAUAACUCUUCUGAAUUUUU